AUGGCGGCGCUCAUGUGGUUCGCCGGAGUGCUGCUCUUCGGCUAUUCCUGCUGCUGCUACCUUCCCUACCGCUACCUGGUCGGCUUCGAGUGGCCGCGCCUGCGCCAGCUCCUCUAUUUUCCGCUCGCGGGACAGCUGCGGUGGGAGCACGCGACGCAGCGCGCGCUGCUCCUGAGGCGGCUGGGGGCGGAGGAGGUCUCGCUCACCACCUCGGACGAGCGGGCGGUGCACGCUGUGUGGGCCGAGCCGCAGGGGCAAAAUGCUGGCGGCGGCGGCGGCGGGAACAAUGGCGAGGGCGCUCGGCCCGUGGUGCUGCUGCUACACGCCAACGCGAUGGUGCUGGACGACAUGACGGACUGGGCGCAGUAUUACCUCAGCCUCGGCUGCGCCGUCCUCGUCCUCACCUUCUGGGGCUACCCCGACCCCGCCGAGGAGCCCGCCGCCUCGACACACUUCCGAGAAGGACUCGAGCACGCCGCGUACUCGGAGCGGCCCGACGCGCCGGGCAGCCCCGACGCGAGGGAGGCGGGCGCGCGCCGCCGCCGCGUCGAGCGGCCGCUGUAG